AUGUGGAGCUAUGCACAAGGCCUUCCUGGCCUAUGCCAUGGUUUUAUGAUUUGGAUGUUCCUCGGCGCCAGAGCGCGGUCGUUCAGGCCCACGCACCUCGAACAGAGCCAGCCUGUAUCCCAGGCCUCGCUCAUCCUCCCCAUCCUAUCGAGCGCGUUACCAACGCCGAAGCGACGAAUCACCUGUCACGUCCGCAGGCUGCGCGUGCAUGGUAUCAUUACUGGCAGCUCAAAUACCUGGCACGCCCCCAUGGGACCAUUCCAUUCGAAGCACUUCCACNGCUUUCAUCAACAGGAAAAGCCCAGUCUUGCCGACCUCACAAAACGCACCUAUGACACUGGUUUUCAAGAGACGCCUCUCACAUACAGCAAAGGCGGCUCUGCCUUCAUGGAUCAGUACUUAGGCAAACUGGCGGACAUUCUUCGUCGGCCACACGCACGAGCAGUUAUUUCUAUGGGAGGCCCUACAAGUUGGAUUGCGCGUUUCUACAGUGGUGACAGACUAGUAGAGGAAUUCAUGAGCGGACCUUCGUCCCAGGUCACUACCCACCACAGGGGCCAUGUCACAACCUCCACAUUCUUGAACAUGCCUGUCUUCCAUGAUCAGCUCUCUCACCAAGAGAUCAAGUUAAUCCACGGCUACAUUCCCCUUGGGAGUCCCAGUGAAGAUCGUUGGGCCUUUCCGAUGAGCGAAAUACUGGAGGAGUACUCCAGCCACUGGCGGGGUGAAUGGAAUCAAGGAUGCGAGCGCAUCAUGGGCAAUAUUGCGAGCGCCCUGGAGUCAGGAGCCCUAUCCCCGCUUACCAGACGUGAAUGGAGGGAGUAUUUGCGCAGCAAUAAUCGUGGUGAGCAUGCCCCAUCUCCUGGAACGGUACCGAAGGCUUCAGACUUCACGUUGGUGGAGACAAUGAUCGAUAAUGCAUUCCCAAUCCGUUGGCAUGGACGCCGAAUCCGCGACAUUUUCCUGCUGGAAGAACUCACUGUCCUAUCAGACGGAAACUAG